AAUCAUAGCUAACUUUGUUUGUGGGAACAAUUGAAAUUUUAGGGGGUUUUGUGGAACACCUGGAAGUUCAUGGGCUUUUUUUUAAUGAUUUCUCAAAGUUGUGGAACACCCUUAAGUUUUCUUUGUUUUGAGGCGUGAAGGGUUGAAAAUUAACCUUAAUGAUUCAGAUUGCGAAGAAAAUAGGAGGAUACACUGUAAUCCACGCUCAUUAUCAUAGUCAUGCGGAGCAUUCCAAAUAUCUCAACCAUGUAAACAUCAAUAAAUAUGCUAUCAUCUAUGAAGUCAUACUAUUUGUCUGCAUAUCCUUUAGGAAGUACCUGCCUCCAAUGGAUCCAAUAAAAGAGAAUUAGGGGAACCCAGAAAUGAGCUGACUAAAAUUAUCAUAGAGAUGAGGCUUCUUCCUUAUGCAUUGUUUCUCCUUCUCCUUUCCAAACUAGCCAUUGCCGAUUUGGGCUUCAGCCAGCAGACUGCAACUAAAUAUAGGAGAGAUGAUUUCCCGUCUGAGUUUUUUUUUGGGGCAGGGACUUCAGCUUAUCAGUAUGAGGGGGCAGCAGCAGAGGAUGGGAGGAGCCCAAGUAUUUGGGAUACUUUCACACAUGCAGGGAAGAUGCCAGACAAAAGCACAGGUGAUGUGGCUUCUGAUGGCUACCACAAAUACAAGGAAGAUGUCAAGCUUAUGAGCGAUCUAGGACUGGAAGCCUACAGAUUUUCCAUCUCUUGGUCAAGGCUUCUUCCAAAUGGAAGAGGAACUGUCAAUCCAAAAGGCCUCAAGUAUUAUAAUGAUGUUAUCAACGAGCUCACUGAACAUGGAAUACAGCCGCAUAUCACACUUUACCAUCUAGAUCUUCCCCAGGUCCUUGAGGAUGAAUAUGCAGGAUGGUUGAGCCCUAAGAUUAUAGAUGAUUUCAAAGAAUAUGCGGAUGUGUGCUUUAGAGAAUUCGGAGACAGGGUUUCUUACUGGACUACUCUUGACGAACCGAAUAUAAUAGGUCAGGCAUCUUAUGAUGCUGGAUUUUUUCCACCACAGCGAUGCUCUUAUCCAUUUGGGGCCGGUAAUUGCUCAGCCGGGAAUUCUACAGUGGAGCCUUAUAUUGCAGUCCACAACAUGCUCUUAGCUCAUGCAGCAGUUGUCAACCUAUAUAGGAUCAAAUAUCAAGCUAUGCAAAAGGGUUGCAUAGGCUUGAAUGUCUAUACCUUCUGGUUCUCUCCUUUUUCAAAUUCCUCUGCUGAUGUUGAGGCAACACAAAGGGUCAUCGACUUUAUGGUUGGCUGGGUUAUCAACCCAAUAGUGUUUGGAGAUUACCCCAAGAUCAUGAAGAAGAAUGCCGGUCAGCGGCUUCCAUCUUUUACCAAUGAUGAAGCAGAACAGGUGAAGGGUUCGUUUGACUUUAUUGGAGUGAACCACUACACAUCAGUAUAUGUGAAGGACAGCUCAAAUGGUCCAGUGUCUGCGCCUCGCGACUUCAUUGCAGAUAUGUUUUCCAUAAUCACAGAUUCUAAGAAUCAUACACCAACUGGUCAGUUCAUCCCAACUCACAUGAACAGUGAUCCACCUGGGCUUCAAAAGAUGCUGGGAUAUUUGAAACAUGAGUAUGGAAAUCCACCUAUUUACAUUCAAGAGAAUGGUCACGGCUUGGGUGUCACUGAUGCCCUCAAUGACAUAGAUCGCGUCAACUACUUGGAUGGCUAUAUUGGAAGCACGCUACAGGCUAUUCGGGAUGGAUCAAAUGUGAGAGGGUACUUCGUAUGGUCAUUCUUAGAUCUUUUCGAAUUUUUGGCUGGUUAUGAAUCAAGCUUCGGUCUGUAUUACGUGGAUUUUGACGAUGCAAAGCGCAAGAGGCAACCAAAGCUCUCUGCACAUUGGUACUCCAGCUUCCUCUCUAAGAAGAAAGAUAUCCUAACACAGAGGAGUAAUUUUCAGGGAAGAUACCAUCAACAGUGAUGUCCAUAGGAGAAUAAGGAUUCAUUUGAUCCAUCGAGAGCAGUUUGUUACUUUGGUUGCAUAUCAUGAUUGUCAUAUCGAAUAAAGUUCUGUUUUUGUUGUAUAAAUAUUGUUAUCUGAGAUAUUGAAAAGAAUAUGUUUCUUUGUUUCCUUUUCAGUACAAGUAAUUCACGGUAACUACUUUUAUAAAAUAUCGAAACCAGCAAUCAUGGCAAACCAAUGAUAUGGUAACAACUUCUACGAUACUAAGCAUGAAGAAGCAGGAAAAUGUCAUCACAUUUGCAUCGUAGAAAAGUUCACUUUGUUGAAAGUUCCAAUAACAAGGAUCACAAAGAUAAUAAUAGCAAACAAAGCAACCAGGUUCAAACAAUUACU